AUGGCCCAUACUGCCGUUGCCAACACUCGAUCCAGACCUGUUACCAUUACCGUUGUUGCACACCACGACGAGAAGUACGCCGCCGACAACAUGACACGAUCAGCUUCUGCAGAGCCUACGAAGCCCACCAAGCGCAAGGGCACCAGAAGCGUCUCAACCCUGACGCCCUCCCAGCUUGCGCGUAAGCGUGCCAAUGACAGAGAAGCACAGCGCGCCAUCAGAGCUAGAACGAAAGAGCACAUUGAGCGUCUUGAGCGCGAGCUUGAGGAGCUCAAGAGCGAGCGCGGCCGCGAUCAGAGCCAGACCGUCCAGGAGCUUUUGCGCAAGAACAAGGCACUUGAAGAGGAAUUGUUCAAGCUCAGAGAGAGCAUGGGCGUUCCCAACGGGCAGUCCUACCCAAACUCAGUGUACGACGACAAUCUGAGCUCUAUUAGCGGCGCAGUUCCCAGUCCUCGAUCCUCGCCAUUUCCAUCAAACGGUGACUACAACGUCAUGCAAGAACUCGGUCCUUCUUACGUGCCCAUGCCGGAUGCGUCAGAGUCAUGGGGCCCAGGCAUUUCCGUCUCCGUUCCUUCGACCGUUUCAAGCCCGUCAUCAUCCGCCAACACCGAUGAGUACGGCGCAGGCUACAUCCCCACGAGCGUCCCCGCGCCGAUGAUGGAUGCCCGAAGCAUCCCGGCAAAGAUGAGUGAAUAUGAUGAUGUCGACUCUGCUUCUAGACGCUGGAUACCCUCACAGUCACCACUCAAUGCCUCAUCAGUCGCAGGUUCCCAUCUCUCAUCAUCAUCAGCCGUAUCUUCAUCACCAGCAGUCGUGGAAUUCGUAUCCAACUCCGGUGUACUACCAACAACCGUCAGCUCAUUGAUUCGCCAGCCUGGCACCACCCUUUGGGAGAUUCCGACCCUCAUCGUCCCGCCGACUUGUCGAAUCGACCAGUUGAUUGUCGGCUUCAUACAGGACUGCCGCCGAUUGUCACAACUGAAGUCUCUCGACAACCUCCUCCGACCUGCUAGGGUCAAUGUGAAGAAUUUCCUCGAGUAUCAUCCGGCUUCGCCUACAACAGAACCUCCACGAUGCCAGCUAGCCGACCUUGAUCGAGCUGCUUCCACAACAGUCACGGGUCCCGGCGUCAAGCACCCCAUGGCUGAGCUCAUUACCGCUCUCGUCAACAAGGCAGGCGUCACCAACGUCAUUGAACGCUUAGCGGUCUUCGCCGUCAUCCAACGAGCCAUCGCCUGGCUGGUGCACCCAACGCGUGAGGCCUACCAGGCCAUUGUGCCUGAACUCACACCGAAACCGUGCCAGACUAGAAUCCCGCAUCCUCAGUGGGUUGAUCUCAUCCUUUGGGCACCUCUGCGCACUGCCAUUAUCGAACGCCAGGAGUUGUACGCGAACGAAGAAUUUCAAGGCGUAUACUCGUCUAGCUUGAGACUGAUCAAUUGGCCAUGCCGGCCAAUUGACGCCUUGGUGGUCGACCCGCAAUCUGGAGAGAUGUGGCUUAGCGACACGUUUACUACACACGCAAUGCGCCUCGAAAACUGGCGCCUUAAUGAGAACUUUGUUCGCCGUUACCCCGAACUUCGUGGCUGUGUUGCAGUCGAAGGUUCCUGA